AUGUCAGUCUCGAAGUUUAUAGGAAUCGUGGAUGAGGUCUUCUGCUUCAUCGAGGGAGUGAUCUCCAGUAAGGGACAUUUGAAUGGGACACUUCAUUCAUGCGAACCAGCUUUGAAUUGUACUGUGCUCAAUGAAAAUGGACCACAUUUGGACUCAACUCAGGAAACCAUCAAAUGUAUGGAUAGAGGAUUUUUCUGGGAAGUAGAGAAUCAGUGCUCAUUUACGGAACUGAUACGGAAAUCGUAUUGUUACACGAAGCGACAGUGCUAUGGUCUUAAGGUGCGAUGCCCUAAUCGUUACAUCAUUCUCACUUCAUUCACGGAAACAGCACUAAUAAUCGUCGGUUUGGUUCUGCUAUCCGCUGCGACGAUAAUUAUUAUCAAAUAUGCAUGUCGAUCCCGAAGAAUCAAUGUCGCUGCUUUCCCAAGCGACCUUUCCGAAACCAGCACCGUCACAAAAUCGGACAAAGUGAUGCCGUAG